AUGCGAUGCAUUGUGUCGACCUGCGAGCAGGACAUCCGGGCGGAAGAUUCCGACCUGGUGGUACACCGCAUACCGAAAAAGGAACCUCGUCGGCAGCAGUGGAUCGACGCUGUCAUCGAGGGUGUCCGCCGCAGCGGAGGACUCCAGUACGACGUGGACCGCGUGCAGGAACAUCUGCGCGUUAAAGAUCCCCGCAUCUGUUCAGCCCACUUUCUACCGGAACAGUACAACGUUGAGAACGAGAAUCGAUGGUUGAAAAAGGAUGCCUAUCCCAUUAUCUUCCCGCCGGAUGUGGCACCGCCGUUGCCGAAGACCAACAAGUGUGCGCUCAAAUUUUGCAGCAACGUUCUGAGCCUGUUGGACCAUCCGUCAAACGCCCUAUCGGGCCACCGGAUUCCCAAGAAUGAGCCGCGCCGGUCACGCUGGAUCCGGGCCAUUAUGGCGGGCCUGCAAACCUGUGGCCACGAGUUUGACCGGCGAAUGCUGAGCAAUUCGUCGGCCCGGAUUUGCUCGGCCCACUUCCUGCCGGAACAGUACACGGGGCGGGAUGGUGGCCCGCGGCUUCUCGAGCGGGACGCCGUUCCGUGUGUGUUCAAGCUGGAGGCCCCGCUGCCGUUUGAUACGGGCGCGCGAACUACGGCGGUCAUCCGAAAGGUAAUUUAA